GACCAUUCUUUCCAUUGGCAAACAUUUAUCCACAUUCGUGAUCAUCAGAAAUGCAUUCAGAUCGUUCGCAUUCUCCUGCAAAAGGCACUUGUCCUAUCUUAUUGAGGGAAAGAAACUUUCAUUUGAGUGUCUUUUCUCCGGAAGAGUAUAAAGUUGCAGCAUAUUGCAGAGCUAAAUUGCAACUACAGUCUCUGUUGGAAUGGAAGAGGGCCUGUGUAAGAGACAUAUUUGGUAGAAUCGGUUAUUUCACUCUAGGUGACUAUAUUUUCCGUUUACCUUUGUUUCAGAAGAGUGCAAAGACACGUUGUUUGCACUCGUCGUGGACCCAACAGUCUAAGAAAAUAUUGGCAGGUUUGGGACUAUCAGAAUUGGACUUUAGUGCUUUCUAUGCGUUAGAAAUAUCAAACCAUUUUGCGAGACAACUUAUGUCUUUUGAAAUCGAGUUGAUCGGGGGAAACUUAUAAGUCAGGUGUUAUGAGGGGGUUGUAAAGUAUGUUGUUGAACAAAAGAAGCUUUAGAAUAUGUAAAGUUGAAAUUUUCACUAUUAUGCUUUCACUCUUAGUGUUGGUUGUUUUAUGUAUUCCCUGUGACCGAAUAUGAGCUUCAAUAAGUUCGCGUAGUCAUACGAACGAGAUACUUUGAAAAA